AUGAUGUUCAAAUAUAAAACAGAAGCUUGUAGCAUCUGCCAUUGUACAGAUUUCAGACAUUUUCCUAUUACAAAAUAAUGUCCACAAUUUAAUGACACUAGAUCGUGUUUUCCAGCACAUUCAAUCCGGCGCCGCUAAGUCCCGCCCACUUCGUGACGUGUUGAUUUUAUUUUUCUAAUUCUUUCAGUCGUGACAGUCUGGUGUUUAGUUUGAAAGGUAAUGUUUAAAGUAUGGCUUGCUCAGAGGACGCGGAGGCUCAGUGCGCAGAGUUAGAGCUGUUAUUAAGUAUGUUUCCCAGUGAAGAAGAGUUAUUAGUGGACCCACUGUCACACGCGGAGCUCCGAGCUUAUGUUGAGGGCUCAGCUGAUACUCCCCCCAGCAUUAGACCCCAAUUCUCUAUCAAGAUAAAAGUUGAAAACCCUGAAGUGAACAUUACGUUGUCAUGCACGUACCCAACUGACUACCCGCAAGUGUUGCCAGAGAUUACUGUCAGAUGUCCUAAACUCACUAGAGCGCAGCAAAUGCAACUUCACUCUGCUCUCAGCACGUACCUGUCUGAAAACUGCUGCGGUGACGUGUGUAUUCUGUCUGCCGUGCAGUGGAUAAAAGACAAUGCACAAACCUACAUCAGUAAUAGUGUCCCUGUCAGUGAGCCUAAGAAGGAAAGUGUCUUAACACAGUCAAAAGAGGCCUUCACAAGACUCUGGAUCUACAGUCAUCACAUUUACAACAAGAUCAAGAGGAAGAACAUCCUGGAAUGGUCAAAGGAGUUAAACCUCUCUGGGUUCAGUAUGCCAGGAAAGCCUGGAAUUGUGUGUGUGGAGGGGCUGCAGUCGGCCUGUGAUGAGUUCUGGGCAAGGGUGAAAGUUUUAACUUGGAAGAGAAUUAUGAUUCGUCACAGAGAAGAUGUCCCUAUGAACAACAACUGGACAGAGGAAAAAAUCGACUCUCUACGCAAGUUUACAGGCUUUGAUGAAGCGAUGUUUGACCCUCAUGGGAACAGAGGAAAUCACAUGGACCUUGGACAGCUUUUUCAGUUCCUUAAUGACAAGGGAUGUGCUGAUAUCUUUCAAAUGUACUUUGGGAUCGAGGGAAGAUAACAGUGUUUAUACUGUUAUGUGUGCGGCCUUUUUGUUGUAAUAGAUUAAAAGGUUUCUCACCUGUUCUAGGCUCAGUAAAUAAUGUUUCAUUGUAAUAAUAAUAAAAAUUUUAUAAGAGUUACAACAAAUAAUAAUUUGGGAAGUAAUUGUGCAGUAUAAUAAAAAUCACAUCAACCUAAUAAUACAUUUGCAU